CCGGAAAAAGGUACCAUCGAGCCGGGGGACUGCAGAGCCGAGUGCUCGGUACCAUAGAGAUCGGAAAGGAGAGCGAGCGGCAGAGCCGGAAGGAAAGCCGAGAGCGAAGGCGGUCAGUCAAGAUGGCGGCGGCCAAGAGGAAGCGGCGUGGAGGCUUGGCCGUUCAGGCGAAAAAACCAAAAAGGAACGAGAAAGACGCCAAGCAGCCAGCUAAGCUGCGCGACAUGGCAGAAGAGGCGGAGGAAGAAGAGAGAGACCGUAUCCCAGGCCCCGUUUGCAAGGGCAAGUGGAAGAAUAAAGAACGGAUUCUCAUCUUUUCUUCCAGAGGAAUAAAUUUCAGAACAAGACAUUUAAUGCAAGACUUGAGAAUGUUGAUGCCUCAUUCUAAAGCAGAUACAAAAAUGGAUCGUAAGGACAAGUUAUUUGUCAUUAAUGAGGUUUGUGAAAUGAAAAACUGCAAUAAAUGUAUCUAUUUUGAAGCUAAGAAAAAACAGGAUCUCUAUAUGUGGCUUUCAAAUUCACCUCAUGGGCCAUCUGCUAAAUUCCUCGUUCAGAACAUCCAUACCCUAGCUGAACUAAAGAUGACUGGAAACUGUUUGAAAGGUUCUCGGCCCCUUUUGUCUUUUGACCCUGCUUUUGAUGAAUUACCACAUUAUGCUUUGUUAAAAGAACUCUUAAUUCAGAUCUUUAGUACACCACGAUAUCAUCCCAAAAGCCAACCAUUUGUGGACCAUGUGUUUACUUUCACCAUUUUGGAUAAUAGGAUAUGGUUUCGGAACUUUCAGAUCAUAGAAGAAGAUGCUGCUCUUGUAGAAGUAGGACCUCGCUUUGUCUUAAAUCUCAUAAAGAUUUUCCAGGGAAGUUUUGGAGGACCAACUUUAUAUGAAAAUCCUCACUACCAGUCUCCAAACAUGCAUCGGCGUAUCAUAAGAUCCAUCACAGCUGCAAAAUACAAAGAGAAACAACAAGUGAAGGAUGCACAGAAAAUGAAAAAGAAAGAACCAAAGACUAUUCUUCCACAUGAUCCCACUGCAGAUGUUUUUGUUACACCAGCUGAGGAAAAGCCGAUAGAAAUACAGUGGGUAAAACCAGAGCCGAAAGUUGAUUUGAAAGCAAGAAAGAAAAGGAUUUACAAAAGGCAAAGAAAAAUGAAACAGAAGAGGCACAGUGGGAAUGCAAAAUGAAUCAAUGGAUAACUAACCUUUCAGUAAUUUUAUAUUUAUUUUGUAUUCAGUGUGUAAAUACUUUUUAUUAUCCAGGACUAUGUUAUAUCUCAUUAGUGUGGCAUUUAAGACAAAAAUCAAAUUAAAAUUUGUGGCUACU